UUUUUUUUGAGAGCCGUUAGCUCUCUCGUUCCUCUCCUUUUUCUCUCCUCUUUCCCCUCCGUCGAAGCGCCGAUUCCCCUCUCCUCUUUCGCUCUCUCGUUCCUCUUCUUUCUCGCUGCCUUUCCUCUCUGGUUCUCUCGUUCCUCUCCUCUCUCGCUGCUCUCUCGUUCCUCUCCUCUCUCGCUGCUCGCUCGCUCUCUCCUUCCUCUCCUCUCUCGCUGCUCUUUCGCUCCUCUCCUCUCUUGCUGCUCUCUCGCUCCUCUCCUCUCUCGCUGCUCUCUCGCUCUCUCCUUCCUCUCCUCUUUCCCCAACGUCGCCCGCUUGCAGCCCCAGGCCUUCAGGCACCAUCUUCAACAGGAAAUUUGGGUUUAUCCCUCUUGGCUGCUCCUUUACUCAGGUCUGAAUUUGAAGGAGUUACUCCUACGGAGUAAAAGGUUUGAUUCCGUCUUCCCUUCCAUCGAUGGAAUCUAAUUGACACACAAUGGAGUGCGUGGUGCAAGGGAUUAUAGAGACUCAACAUGUGGAGGCCCUGGAGAUCCUCUUACAAGGCCUUUGUGGUGUUCCAAAGCAACGCCUCAGGAUCCAUGAGCUCUGCCUGAAAAGUGGACCGAAUCUUGGAAUGGUAGCGUCAGAGGUGCGUCUCCUCUGUGAUCUGGAGCAGGCUGAACCAUCUUGGACUGUGAAGCAUAUAGGUGGCGCAAUGAGAGGUGCUGGUGCAGAGCAACUUUCAGUUCUAGUCCGCACAACAGUUGAAAGCAAAGUAAGCAGGAACGCGUUGCGCUUUUUCUAUGGGCUUGGCUACAAAUUAGAUUAUGAACUUCUGAGAGUAGGCUUUGCAUUCACCUUUGAAAGAGGUGCUCGGAUCACUGUUGCUGUGACUUCUGUGAAUAAGAUGCCAAAGCUGCAUGCGACUGAUGAGGCAGUGCCUGUCACACCGGGCAUUCAAUUAGUUGAAGUAACAUCCCCUGCUGCCGCUGAUAAUUACACUGAUGUAGUGGCAGCCAUUUCAUCCUUUUGUGAACAUCUUGCACCGCUCCUACAUCUCUCAAAACCUGGUGUUCCAACAGGAGUGGUUGCUACUGCUGCCGCCGCCGCUGCAUCACUCAUGUCAAAUGGGAGUGGUACCACUUUGUAAUACUACUCUAUAAACUAGUUGUCUAUCAGUGUUUUAUCUGUAAAUGAAGCUGUGGUUUCAUUAAACUAAUCCUACUUACAGUUUAGCAGUCGCUAAUGAUCAUCACAACCGCCAUCACCCCAAUCAUCAUUGUUAUAAUCAUUUAAUGUUAAUGUUCUACUUGAGUCA